AUGAAGGGGGUUCUCGUCCAGGCCCGGGGAAUGGAACUCGGGGAGGAGGAGUCUCGCUGGGGCCUUUAUGUGGGCUCUGUAAAGAGACAAGCACUAUAUGCCUGUGGGACCUGCACCCCCAAGGGAGAAGAACCAGCAGGAAUUUGCCUGGCUUGCAGUUAUGAGUGUCAUGGAAGUCAUAAACUAUUUGAGCUAUAUACAAAAAGAAAUUUUCAUUGUGAUUGUGGAAACAGCAAGUUUAAAAAUUUGGAAUGCAAAUUAUUUCCUGACAAAGCAAAGAUAAAUUCUGGCAAUAAGUAUAAUGACAACUUUUUUGGAUUGUAUUGCAUUUGUAAGAGACCUUAUCCUGAUCCUGAUGAUGAGAUUCCAGAUGAGAUGAUCCAGUGCGUAGUCUGUGAAGACUGGUUCCAUGGAAGGCAUCUUGGUGCCAUGCCCCCCGAGAGUGGGGAUUUCAGGAGAUGGUGUGCCCAGGCCUGUAUGAAGCGCUGCUCUUUCUUGUGGGCUUACGCUGCACAGUUGGCAGUAACCAAAGUAUCUGCUGAGGAUGAUGGGUUGGCGCUGAAUGUCGAUGGAAUAGGUGAUGAGGAAGUUACCAAACCUGAAAAUGGAGAUCAUCAUGAUAGUCCCCUCAAAGAGGAUGUUCCAGAACAUGCAAAGGAUGCUGUCAAGGCAGUUAAAGCAGAGCAGACUAAUGAACCAUGUGCCAGCUCUAGUUCUGAGUCUGAUCUCCAGACAGUGUUUAAGAAUCAACAUCUCAAUACAGAAUCACAGACUGGCUGCAAACUUCAGGAGCUUAAAGCUAAGCAUUUUAUAAAGAAAGACACUGCCACCUUUUGGCCCCUGAACUGGCGUAGCAAGUUAUGUACCUGCAAAGACUGUAUGAAAAUGUAUGGCGAUCUAGAUGUCCUGUUCCUGACAGAUGAAUAUGACACAGUUCUGGCUUAUGAAAACAAGGGCAAGGUUGACCAGGCGGCUGGCAGGACAGAUCCUUUAAUGGACACCCUUAGCAGCAUGAACAGAGUCCAGCAAGUGGAACUCAUUUGUGAAUAUAAUGACUUGAAGACUGAACUUAAAGACUAUCUAAAGAGAUUUGCUGAUGAAGGCACGGUUGUAAAGAGAGAGGACAUCCAGCAGUUCUUUGAAGAGUUUCAGUCCAAAAAGAGAAGAAGGGUGGAUGGGAUGCAGUAUUAUUGCAGCUAGACUGGAGCACGGCGCCUUUUCAGCCAGGCGCCUUCUCAGCCAGGCGGUGGAAAUGCCACUUACUGAUCCAGGAAUAAAAGAGGCAUAUUUCACAUUUGCUCCUCUUCCAUCCUCUCUUUGAAGAGGCCUCCUCUGACCUUGAGCUUCCUUCACUCUCCUUAACUGCAGUAGCCACAGUGUUUAUGCUGAUUUCACAACCAGCAUUCUUUCUGACUCAGCUAAAAGCAACUCAUUCCACAGACUUCAGCCCCCACCACACCCCCAGUCUAUCCAGGGUUAUUUGCUUAUAAGUUUUAAGAAGUUUGAUUUGGUUUUGAGAGAGUAAACUAGUUUCUUUUCUAAUUUUUGUGGUCUUUAACUCCCGAAUGUGUCUACUCUGCCACAGAGCUGUUGUCUUCCAGGACCUGCUUUGGGGGCAUCUUCCUGCAGCUAGAACCUCUCUAGGUCCCCUCACCCCUGUGAUCGUGGUGCCUUGGGUCAGAGCUUCCUCAAGCCUGGUCUGCUCCUUCUCCCACAUCCCUGCUUUCUGAGGUUGGGUCACGGCUUACAAGGGGUCUCACAACUUGUUUCCUCUGGGCUCAGCCUCUGGAGUGGCCAGGAUUGAUGGUUUUGUGGCCUGUUAUAGGCAGGGAGAUUGGCUGAUGGCAGGAUUGAGGAAGCCAACCUUUGAUAGGAAUUUUACGAAUAAAUUUAAAGUGAAAAUGUCAUUCACAGUUCUGCUGGCACUAGCAUGUUAGAAUUUCAGAACUGUGGUGCUCACAGGGCUUCCUGGAGAAAACAUGCCAUACAGUAGUCCCUCUCCUGCUGCCUAGAAACCAGACCGGGCGCUACCCUGUGACAUCUCGGUGGUUUACAAAGUCCUCUGGAUUUCUUUAUAUUAUCAGGGAUAUUCGUAAGCAUAUAUUAAAAACAAACCUAUUUUGAUAUUGUUCUGUUAUGAAAAUGUUAUUAGAACCCUAAUAAAUUAUUUCCCCCCUUAACUUGUGAAGGAAAAGAUACUGGCUUAGCUUACUUGUGAGCAGGGCAGCGAGAGCCCUUUUGUGGGAGAGGCAGACUCCCUAGGCUGCGCGAAUGAUGAGCUUUAUGUACGUAAGCGUUAAUGCCCACAACUGGUUCCCUAAUGACUAAGAUCUUUUGAAGAACCUCAAGGAAUGCUGUAUAAAACCCGUAUUGGAAGGGAGGUCCUUUCAGUUGGUUUGAAAUCUCUUAAAAGCCCUUCAAUCUAUGGGGAAAACACCCUUUGGUAAACGGAGUUGCUUCCUCUGAAGCAGGGCUGGGGAACGUCUGGCCUGGGUCAUAUAAGGCCCAUGGAAAUCAUUGGGUCUGGCCCUGCCAAGGCAUUAGGGGUAAGCUAAUUAAAUGUUUGACCGAAUAUACCAGGCUAAUAUUUAAGUUGAUAAUUUUGUAUGGCCUGUGAAUAAUGUUAUAAAUACCCAAAUGGCCCUUGGCAGAAAAAAGGUUCCCCACCCCUGCUCUGGAGGAACAAGGUCUCUCCUGACAAUAGAUGACAAACUGAGUUAUGUGAUUACAAGCAUUUGAGGCUUUGGGGCCACAAGUGUUUAUUAAUAUCCCUUUGUGUGUUCAGCAGCCAUGUAGAUGAGUGUCCACUGAUCCCUGGAUGCGGUGAGUGAGAACUACGGAAAGUCAAGGCCUCAAAGAAAUGAUCCAUCCCAUGUUUCUCUGAUCAUACCCAAUUACAGAUCCUCAUGAAGAGGGUGUGGAGCUGGAGGUCUUAUGGCCACGGAGAUGCUGUGUGCCCGGGGCUGGCCUUGGAGAAAAGGGUGAAAGGCUGGGUUGGAAAGCUCAUAGUGUCUGAGUUUGUUUACAACCCCAGCUAGGGAACUCUUCCAAGUCAGGAUUUCUGCGCCCCCUCUGCAAGGUUGCACAAGUAGUGGACCAUUGUGGCCUGCAAGUUUAUAUCUUCUCAGAUGUGUAACUACCAGAAUGUUCCUCCUUCUGACAGGUCAGGACCAGGUCUGAGGUGACGCAUUACAUUGCAACACAGUACAAAUCCCCCAGUGCCGAAGGGCUUGUUCUCUGAAAGGUACUGUUCCUCCUUUUACACUAACCAGAACACCUCCUUUUGUACCUGUUGUUCAUAGCUAGUUUUCUUGAGUGCAUUGGACCGUCUCUUCUCAGGGAGACGGAUUUUGGCCAACAUGUGGCAGUUAAUGCAUGUUUUAUGCAAAGGACUAUGAUAUUGUUGCUUUGAAGGAAUUCCGGCAUUGUAUGUCCAUUUUUGUAGAAUUGUUACUGGACUUAUAACUACAUACCAAACUCCCAAUCAGGUUUCUGUAAGAUUAAAUAAAACCAAUUCAAAAUA